ACAAGUAAAUCAACAGAAGGAGAAGAGAAGCAUACACUAGCUUAGCCAGAAAUGGCUAAAAUAACAAUGUCACAUAUAUUGGUGGCUCUAUUUGUGGUGCUUGUUUCUAUGGAAGCUGCCUUGGUUAUGGGGGCAGGUAGUGGAAAUGGAAAUGGGAACGGGAAUGGGAAUGGGAAUGGGAACACUGCCAGUGGUAAUGACAAAGAAGCCGAUGACACUGCUGUGGCACAUUACGACGAAUUAACACCACUGGAAUCAGGGGAGGAGCGAGGUUUCUGCAAAGCAAAGGGGGCCUGUUAUUACAAGACCCUUGUGUGUCCAUCUGAAUGCCCUCAGAGGAAGCCAAAGAAGAACAAGAAACACAAGGGUUGCUUCAUCAACUGCGGCAGCAAGUGUGAAGUUACUUGCAAGUAUAGGAAAGCUAACUGCAAUGGAUAUGGCUCUCUCUGCUACGAUCCUAGGUUCGUUGGUGGUGAUGGUGUAAUGUUCUACUUCCAUGGAGCCAAGGGAGGAAACUUUGCCAUUGUCUCAGACAAAAACCUCCAGAUCAACGCACACUUCAUUGGGACCCGCCCAGCAGGAAGGACCCGUGAUUUCACAUGGGUUCAGGCCCUGGCAGUGAUGUUCGACACUCACACCCUUGUUAUUGCAGCAAAGAGGGUCUCAAAGUGGGAUGACAAAGUUGAUUCUCUCAUGGUAAAGUGGGAUGGUGAGGCAGUAACCAUCCCCGCUGAUGGAGACGCGGAAUGGAGGACAAAUGGCGAAGACACAGAGGUGAUAGUCGAAAGAACCGAUGACACAAAUUACGUAAGAGUUACAGUUGCUGGUCUCCUGGAAAUGGACAUAAAGGUCAGGCCUAUUGGAGAAGAGGAAAACAGAGUUCAUAACUACCAAUUACCAGCUGAUGAUACUUUUGCUCAUCUGGAGACACAAUUCAGAUUUUCAAAUUUAUCUGAUCUCGUGGAGGGAGUUUUGGGCAAGACUUACAGGCCAGGUUAUGUUAGUCCAGUGAAGGUUGGGGUUCCAAUGCCAAUGAUGGGUGGGGAGGACAAGUACCAAACUUCGUCCCUCUUUUCUCCUCUUUGCAAGGUUUGCAGGUUCCAAGGACAACCUGAGCUUGCAGCAACUGGAAGAGUUGCUCAGUACUGAUAAUGAUCAAGACUUAAAGAUAAAUAAAUAUUGUUUCUUGUUUUGUGGUCAUUUUAUAUUUGUGUGUAUCGGGUUUUGGGUAAUUAAUUUAGCAUAUUGCAGGCUUGGAAAUUAAUGAAUAAACAAAUAAGGGCUGCAAAUUAAGCUUGCCCAGGACAUUUGCUAUUUUACUUUGUGAACCUAUAUCAUCAUUUUCUGCUUCCAAUGUAGUGUGGUUCACCAGUCAUUUGAUCUAUAGCUUUUUAGUAGUGUGUUUCUUAAGUAUGUUU